CACAACCCUAGUGGCCAUUAAAGCGUGGUGCUCCCCCGUGGCUAAGGCUGUAGACGCGGCUCACGCUUUUUGAUAUGUCGAAGGCUGAAUUGGCUUGUGUUUACUCGGCUCUCAUGCUGGCGGAUGACGACAUCGAUGUCACAGCGGAUAAAAUCCAGACGAUAUUGAAGGCCGCCAAUAUUAAGUUCGUUGAGCCUUACUUGCCUACCCUCUUCUCUAAUGCACUGCACGGAAAAAACAUCAAAGAUAUGCUGAUGAACGUCGGAUCUGCUGGAAGCGGUCCGGCAGCCAUCGCCGCUCCUGUCGCAGAACCGGUUACUGAGGCUCCUGCUGCCGAUAAGAAGGCUGCUGCAGAGAAGAAGGAGGAAUCAGAUGCCGAUUCUGAUGGGUCGAUGGGAUUCGAUCUGUUUGGUUAAUAAAAUUCUGUAUAUUUGGACU